AUGGCCCAUAUUCAUUGCCUUCCUUUAGAAGUUGUUGAUUUAAUUUUAUUUUACUUCGUUAAAGACUUUGAAGAGACCUGGAAGAAUUCUAGGAAUAGUGCCAAACAGGCUCCUGUGCCAGACCAUCUAUUAUUGGAACUGUUAAACUUACGAUUGCUUGGAAAGUCUUGGGCGUUACGGGUCUUGCCAUACGCUUAUCAAAACUUACACUUUAGCUCGGCAUUGAAAAUGAACUCUUUCGUUGAGACUUGGAAUAACUCGGCGACAAUCUCGACCAUGGCUCGAUUGAGCCGCCUUAGCUUCGAUCAGAUUACUUGCCCAGAUUUGGAUUGUGAAUUCGGGUCGGAUCGAGUCAACAUAGGUUCGCUUGCAUCUUACCGGAUUGAUUUCGAAAAGGAUAACUUCAAUUAUAAAUCAAUUAUACUAGAGGACAUUGAAGAAAUUAUCAAAUUUUGUGGUCAAACCUUAGCAGGCUUAAAGUUUUCGUUCAAAGCGGGUGCGGGAUUUACGCCCAAUAUCAUUGAGUUGAUAAAAGAGGUUAAAGGUCUAAGAGUGUUGAUCAUCGAGGCAAAUCCCUACGGGGUAAGGCAGAAUCACUCGAAAUCGAUCCGGGCUUUACUCAAUGUUACGGCUGGGCUUGAAUCGUUAUCGCUUGACAUUGGAUCUAUCGGAACUCUGGACUUAAGUGAAGAAGCGUUACCUCGCUUGAAGCACUUGUCAGCCGCAUGCGAUACAAACGACCUGGGAGCGAUUACGGAGCUUUGCGAAACUCGUGGUCGGAACAUCAGUUGCUUAGAGUACCUUACCCAUCCCGACUGCGACCGAGCUGCAAAAGUUAUUUUGGCUCUGCAAAAUUCACUUGAGGUCUUAUUCAUAGAGUCAAUUCCGAAUCGUGUUCCGGCGGAGAUAAGCGAUUGGCAUUUCCCGAAAUUAAAAAUUAUACGGAGUAUCAACUCGACAAUAGAAAGUCCCAGUUUAGCUUGGCUACAAUUAGGAUUUGUAAAGAAUAUGCGAAUUUACGUCACUGACUAUUGGAGUUCUAAAAAAUAUUGGCGCAAAGGCCUGAAGGCACUUAAAGGCAAAGAACUCAAGAGACCUGUCGGGUUCAACAACAUCGUUUUUAUCACGGGGAAGGAACAGGACUUAGAGGAAAACAAGGAGCUAAAAAGGAUUUUUGGUUAUCAUCAAAUCCGUUGCCAUUUCAUACAGCAAUUAGAUUAUGUUGAGUUGGAGGCCGAUUGGGAUCACGGUAUCUGGGAUUUGACUGGUGUGCGUGGUAUACGAGAAACCGAUCAUGCUUUAUGUGCGCGUUGGUACCGUGACCUUAACCAAGAAUGA